AUGGCCGGCACAGAGCAGACCCUGUCAAAUGACGACGCAACAGCGGAGGUAUUGGCCCGGUGGCAGACGCUGAUUGCCGAACAUGAAGCUUUGCGCGAUACCCUUCGUGAAUACGUCCAACAGCCACACUGGCCGGGCGUGGGUCCCUGCAUAUCGAUGCUGAAGACCGAGGCGGCCACGGUGGCGCGUCUUCUGGCUGCACGGGCACGACUGCAGGCAGCGGGUAGCCGACAGGAUGACGGCAAGGUGAAGCCAGAGAUUUCCAAAGAGGAGGAAGCGGUGGGAGCCAAGCUGGCGGCCUCUAACCUGUCGGCCCGCGAGGUAGCAUGGGGGGCGAUCAAGAAGCGCAGCGGGCUUCUCGCAUUAGAUCGGCGGUUUCCCAAGAUGAUUGCCGGACACUUGAAUGACGCAAAGCCAGCGAAGCUUCGCGGAGGAGGCGUUCGCUACAGCGGCGGCCGCACGGAGGGAGUGUUUGUCAACGCGGUGGUGGACGAUGGACGAGAGUGGCUACGCAUAUUGACGACGACAGAGUCGCAGCUGUUGAUGGAGAUGGCCGAGAACGGGUGGGAGUUUGAGGAAAGGGAAGAGGCGGACGAGGACCAAGAUAGCAAUGCUAACAACAGCGAUCUCGAUCUCGACCACGUCUCCAUCGUGUCUGCGGCCAUCGACCUCAUGCAGGCUGCCCAGGCCAACCGAUUCCGUGGUGCACCGCCGCGGGUCUGCAUCCUGCUGAGCCGCAUCUCCGAAGGGGGAAGGACGGGUCGGACGGCCGACUUGGAUGUGUUGCUGCGUCUCUUCCGUCAACGGGUGCAGACCGUUGGCAGCGCUGCCGGUGUGGCUGUGACUGUCCACAGCGCCAGUUCGGUCGCGUUCACAUCGCUACCACCACCGCUAGAAGUAGCCCUCAAGCGGCUGAUGCCGGCCAUCACAGCCAUUGGUGGCGACGGUCUGUCGUCCACGCUCAACAUCGACACCUCCAUCCUCAUUGCCCUGGCUUCCGACAUAACUCACGGGCCGGUCACCGUCGAGUCCUGGCACCCGCGCCAGCGCGUCGACGAGAUCACCCGCGAGACUGAGAAGCCCGGCGACGUCCUGCGCCGUCUGCUAAACGACGUCCUGCGAGGCCGCCGUCUCGUCUGCACUCGUGAGGCUGCCCUAGCCUUCCGCAAUAUGGUCCGCGGCAUGGGUCAGCAGACUGAGAAGGCCCGGGCUGCCGUGCUGGUUGGAGACGAGGAAGCAGGCAACGGGACUUAUGGCCACCAGAACAGUCAUAGCCUCGGCCUUCUAUCCACCUACCGCGGCCUCUCGUCUUACCCCGACGUCAUUCCCGACGACCUCCAUCUGCCCAUCACCGUUGUUGCUGACGACUGGGACGUCGUCCGCAUCCUCCGCGCCGUCGACGAGGAAUCUCUCCCUGCAGCUGCUGCCGCCGUCGUCCACGAGAUGACUGCCGUCUUGCCCACGGCUGUCCCAACCCUGGCCGUCUUCUUCUACGGUUGGGCCUCGCAUCACGCCACCAUCACCACCAAUAUGGCCGCUAAGAACCGCAUCGAACGCUUGCUCGAGCAAUUCCGCACCUCCCCCGACGAGGACGGUCCUGCUGUCUGGGUCUGCCGCUCCGUCCGCAGUCUCAAUGGGACCAAUCCGCGGAGCCAACGGUAA